GCCAAAAUAUUGCUACGGAAGUCGCCAUUUGUUUUCACUGGAAACCGUUACAAACUAAUAAUGUAGUUCUAUUUGUUUAUGUCGAUUUUUUAGGUUUAUUGGUGAACAAGCAUGUGACAUACUGUCAGAUUACAACGGGAUACAUUUGAACAUGGACUCCCCAGAAGGCAAAAGUUAUGAUGCAAAGAGUGCUACCAGCAAGACCUCCAUAAAUGUUAAAAUUCCAUCAGCUCAUACCAUAGAUGAGCAGAGGAAAAAGGCGGCCAGUCCGGGGUCAUCUCGUCGUAAAACACCGACACAUUCACAGAAUGAUCCAGUCAGGAAAUCUCCGUCUGCUCCUCAACUGACUGGCGAAUUUGUUGCCACCUUAGAGGGCCAGGAAUUUGGACAGUACAGACAUGCCACAAACACACCCAUCAGUGUGGUGGGGCCGGUCCCAGAGAGACGUACUCCCAGUCCGGGGAAACACCUUCGACAACCCCCUGUCUCAGAGGGAGAAAUAAUACGGCAAGCUGCAGCCUCCAUUGUUGAGAAAGCGUGGAUUGGCUAUCGUGACCGACAGAUGUUCAAGCUGCUGAAACAUGCUGUCUGUGCAGCUGAGAACUCUAUGUCCAGUGAGAUUCUGAGGAAAGUGGCACCAAAGGAGGCGGAGUUUAUGAAUGACAGAUGCAGCGAGGUCCGAGUACGCUUUAGGUUUGGAGGUGGAGAGUUUCCACCCAUGAUUUUCUUCAAGGUCUUCAUACACUCUGACGGUAAAGGGGUGAAGUACCUGAGUGGGAAACGUGUCAUAAAACCAGCUUCUGGGGCUGCAGAAGACUCACUGAGACUAAUGGGGAACCGGCAGUUUUACAACCAAAUGCUUCAGGAUGUCAUGUUCCAGAAAAAAUAUAAAAUCACUGAUGAGAUUGAUGUCACCACACUCAAGGACUAUAUGCAAUAUCUAACUAAUAUAGAUGAGACUCCUGCCAAAAUGGGAGGCAAAGAAAACUACUGGAGGAAACUUACAUUGGAUGUUCUACCACGACACACAGUAUUCUACGACAUCAUAGACUUCCUGUACAACCACCGGAUGACCCCCCGACUGAGGGAUGAAAUACCCCUGCUGGUCACACGGCCUAUAACACAAGAUAUACAGAUACAACACAUCAGGGCUGUCACAGAAAUGAGGAGCCCAGAUGUACCAAUGCCCACACCAAAGUCAAAGAUGUCUGGAAUACAGAGUCAGAUAUCUGGUAGACGUUCCAAGCAGGCACGUAUGCGUGCCAUGAAGAUGCGAAAGAUGUAUGGAUUGGAUAGGGAGGACGUGCUGGACUCCCGGGGACAGACAGCAGUAUCAGAGGAGCCUGAGGAUUAUUUCGACAAGUACGGGAUAACAGGUGAAUAUGGGGAAGAGGGCGACCAAUGGGAGCGGGAGGCGAGGAAGUUGUAUGAGUGGACGCAGGAACUGUCCUUUAAUGACGACUUGAUGGGGACACCCAGACUUAUAUCUGGAAAUAUAUCUUGAUACUGUGAUAUUUGUGUUGAAAUGAGCAUUUGUUUUGAAGAAUUAUUGUCAGUGUAUUUUUUUGCAAUUAUAUUGAAAUUUUAUGUCACAUAAGAGUUACUUCAAGUUUGUUUGAUUUAUUUAUUUUAUUAAUAUUAAUAAACUGGUUUUAAUUGUUGUUAAGGGAAGUGGAGCAUGAUUUGAAAUGAUAAAUACAGGUAUAAUAUCGCGUUGAAUUAGAAAUAUAACUUUUACCUCACCAAAAAAUUGUUGAGUAUGUGAAUUCUCAUGUUGAUUUGUCAUAUACUUAACAUAUAAUAACAGGUAUUUUGAUUUUGUAAUUAUCUGGAAAUUAUAUGUCACAAGUUUUUACCAAAUAAUGACUAUUUGUUAAAGUAUUUUUGUGUUCCAAUAAUACCUUUAACAAAAGAUUUUGCUCGCAUUUUUGCUUUAAGCUGUCCAUAAGUGGGAUAAAAUAUGUGACGAUACUGCUCCUUAUAAUUUUUUUAUAAAUGUAAUUUUUCUCAAAGUUAAUUAAAGUAUUAUUAGUUAGAAAAUGGGCCAAUAGCUCAGUACUGUUAAAAUGAACAACGUUGUUAACACUAGCAUUGUUAACUUGGUGUUAAGGUGAUUUUUUUGCAACAUGCUCAUAUGUUUAGAUAAAACAAGUUCAGCUAAAAUAGGUGUCUCAAACAUUUGUAGAUAUACUGUCAAUCAGAAAUUAGUCCAUUUUAGUUAUAUAAGAGAUGUGAAAGUUAACAACAAUAAUGUUGACAACGUUUUCUUGCUAACAAUGAUAAUGUUUACAGUGAUAUCAUUUACAACAAUGACAUAAACAGCGUUGACGUUGACAGCAUUGACCUUAUUAACAUUUACAUAUAUAGUAUUGUUAGCUUCAACAAAAUUCUGAACAAUCAGCCAUAUCUAAGUUUAUUUGACGUUGCUUGACACAAAAGAAGCUCUAAUCAUAAAAUCGUCAUACUUAUCCCGCAACAUGCUGAUUAUGGGUUUUAUGUUAUGCAUUUUAGCAUUUUAUUGAAAUUUGUACAGCACUUAUUGUUUUGUUAUAUAUUUUUAUUUCAUUUGAAAUUUGUGAAUAUAACGUAUGUUCAAUAAAAUCAGAAACGGUA